CGUACUCGCGUUAUCUCUAACGAGAAUGACGAAAACAGCACCACAACGCGUAUGACCAGAGCCAAGGCGGCGGCUCUUAACGUGGACGAUUCAGCACCCCCCUCCAAAGUUGGCCUUCAAACGAAGAAGGCAGCUGUCAGCACCACCACUGCCAACGGGCUUAGAAAACGCGCUGCACUUGGCGAUGUCAGCAAUGUCAGCAAAACGGAAGCCGCUGAAGGAAAGAAGGUUGCGGCCAAGGGUCUGGUGUCCAAGGCUGCUCAGCCUACAGGCAUUCAAAAGAGCACUCGCCCCACCGCCGGUCGGACAACUUUGAGUAGCAAGGAGGUGAAGAAGCCAGAGACAAAGAAGUCUGGGGCUGGUACUAUCGGACCCAAGAGAAAAAUUCCCGCGGCCGCACCCAAGGAGGAAGUUUCUGAAAACAAGGCUCCUGCGGCUCCUGCCAAAGCCGCCCCCGCGAAGGCUGCUCCAGUCAAGGCUGCCCCACAACCAGAUGCCAAGGAAUUGGCAAAAGCCGAGCUGCUUGCUAACAUCAAGAGUCUCGAUGAGGAGGAUCUGGACGACCCUCUUAUGGUUGCCGAAUAUGCGAAUGAUAUUUUCGACUACUUGAGAGAUCUUGAGGUUCAGUCAAUUCCCAACUCUGACUACAUGUCUCACCAGGAUGACCUCGAGUGGAAGACGCGAGGAAUCCUCAUUGAUUGGCUUAUCGAGGUUCACACUCGGUUCCAUCUGCUUCCCGAAACUCUGUUCCUGGCCGUCAACAUCAUCGAUCGGUUCCUCUCCGAAAAGGUUGUCCAGCUCGACCGCCUCCAGCUCGUCGGCAUCACAGCCAUGUUCAUCGCCUCCAAAUACGAAGAGGUCCUGUCUCCCCACGUGGAGAACUUCAAGAAGAUUGCCGAUGACGGUUUCAGCGAGGCUGAGAUUCUGAGUGCGGAGCGUUUCAUCCUUAGCACCCUCAACUAUGAUCUCAGCUAUCCCAAUCCCAUGAACUUCCUUCGCCGAGUCUCAAAAGCGGACAACUAUGACAUUCAAUCACGUACCAUCGGCAAGUAUCUUACGGAGAUUAGCUUGCUGGACCACCGAUUCAUGGCAUACCGCCCCAGCCAUGUCGCUGCUGCUUCCAUGUAUCUGGCACGGCUCAUGCUUGAUCGUGGCGAGUGGGAUGCAACUAUUGCGUAUUAUGCAGGUUACACAGAGGAGGAGGUUGAGCCUGUUGUCAACCUCAUGGUUGAUUACCUGGCACGACCUCCCAUUCACGAAGCAUUCUUCAAGAAGUAUGCUUCCAAAAAAUUCCUCAAAGCUUCUAUUCUUUCCCGCCAAUGGGCCAAGAAGAACGCGCCUUUGUUUGGUAUCGAAGAUCUUCAUCUGUCUUUGGACCAAAUUUCAUGA